CAGAGCUGUUACUACUUUCAAAUUUUUUGCAUUUACUACUUUGUCUUUGUGACUGUUUCAUGAAUUUUGACUAUCAAUAAGUUUCAGUUUAACUUGGAACAAUCUAAAUCUAAUACAAAUCAUGAUUAACAAAAUGAAAGAGUGCAGUGUUGUGAUGCACAAACUUUCUGAUGCUGCAGUGAAGAGGGGCUGGCAUGAUGGGCUGAAUCUUGCCCAAAUGUCUCCUGUGGUGCACAAGGAUGAAUUGGAUGCUACACAGACUAGUGGUUCAUCUCUACUCCCAGGCAUGGUGGCAGGGAGCCUCAAGAAAGAGCCUGAAUAUGAGGGAGAGGACAUAACUGUGAAGGAGGAGCCUGUGUACGAAGCAUAUAUAACUGUGAAGGAGGAGCCUGAAUAUGAGGGAGAGGACAUAACUGUGAAGGAGGAGCCUGAAUAUGAGGGAGAAGACAUAACUGUGGAGGAGGAGCCUGAAUAUGAGAGAGAGGACAUAACUGUGAAGGAGGAGCCUGAAUAUGAGGGAGAGUACAUAACUGUGAAGGAGGAGCCUGAAUAUGAGAGAGAGGACAUAACUGUGAAGGAGGAGCCUGAAUAUGAAGGAGAGGACAUAACUGUGAAGGAGGAGCCUGAAUAUGAGGGAGAGGACAAACCUGUGGAGGAGGAGGCAUGUGGCAUCAAUGAGAAGUGCGUGAGGAGAGAGCAGCCCGCACCCGAGGGCGCCCCUGACGACGCUGCUGGCAGUGGCGGCGUCUCUGCAGCGUCCUGCUCCCAGCACCGCACCAACAGGCCUACGUCUCUGCAGCGUCCUGCUCCCAGCACCGCACCAACAGGCUUGCGGGUUCCCAGGUUGGAUUUGUUGAGGCCGAAGCUGCAGCCCAACAGCAGCAGCGCCGUGCAGAUGAGCAGGCAACCGCAAAGCCACACUCAUGCUCGCACUGUGCAUUUGGCUGCAGUUCAGAGCAGCAACUGCAGCAACACAUUCGUGCAGAAUAUUCGAGAGAAUUGUCAGACCGAUGCUCUAAAUGUGAACAUAGUUGUUCCAGUAAACAAAAUCUCGAAUACAACAUUCCUUCGAAGCAUUCAUCUGUAAAGCCUCCAAGUUGCGCGGAACGUGAAUAUUCAUGUGCCAUUAAAGACGAUUUGAAAUCACAUAUACCGCGCAAGCUUUCAUCUCAUAAAGCUUUUAGGUGCUCUAAAUGUGAAUAUACUUGCUCCAGUAAAUAUAAUCUUAAAAGCCAUGUACUUUACAAACAUUCAUCACAGAAACCUCUUAGGUGCUCUGAAUGUGAUUAUUCUUGCGUCUCUAGAUACAACUUAAAAUCGCAUUUAUUACGCAAGCAUUCAUCUCAGAAGCCUUUGAGGUGCUCAAAAUGUGAAUAUUAUUGUGUUUUUAGAAAUGAUUUAAAGUUUCAUUUACAGGGAACGCAUUCAUCUAUGAAUCCUCUCAGAUGCUCGGAAUGUCAAUAUUCUUGUGUCAGAAAAAGUGAUC